GCGGCCAUGAUGGCUGAGGAGCUGAAGAAGGAGCAGGACACCAGCUCUCACCUGGAGAGGAUGAAGAAGAACCUGGAGGUCACAGUCAAGGACCUGCAGCACCGCCUGGAUGAGGCUGAGAAUCUGGCCAUGAAGGGAGGCAAGAAGCAGCUCCAGAAACUGGAGUCCAGGGUGAGUUAACAGCAGGGUGGAUUGAAAGACAGACUGCUGGAAAUGCAUGUGAUCAUAUAAAAAUACACAGGAGACUGGUUUAAUGACUUUUUCUCUCAAUAACCCACCUACAUAAGGAAAAGUAGUUGUUUUCAUUAUAGACCCUCUAAUUAAAAUUGUAAAAGUAUAUAGGAAGAGACAACAAUUGUGCCUCCUUGACUAGCAGAAGAAUAUACUUCUGUUUUUACAAAGAUUUGUUACGUCUGAUUUCACCACCUCACAUAAAUGCCUACCUUUAUUUCUUCCACAAAGGUGCGCGAGCUCGAGACUGAGGUGGAGGCCGAGCAGAGAAGAGGUGUAGACGCAGUCAAGGGAGUCCGCAAGUAUGAGCGCAGAGUCAAGGAGCUCACUUACCAGGUAAGAAAAUGUGCCUUCUUCACACACUAAAGCACACUGGUUUGUGUAUUAAACUAUGGGGUAUUGAUUCUUUGAUCUUCUCCCACAGACUGAGGAGGAUAAGAAGAACGUUGGCAGACUUCAGGACCUGGUAGAUAAGCUGCAGUUGAAAGUGAAGGCCUACAAGAGGCAGGCUGAGGAAGCGGUGAGUCACAGACUUAGUCAAAUACUCUGAAAGCUUACGUUCCCUAGUAGACAUUACAAAACAUCAUGUCCAGACAGUUUAGUUGAAGUGUUGCUACUGCACAUCAGUCAACAAUGACUCAGUUGAUAGUGCAAGUAAUUGCUGAAGAAAUGUAUGCACAGUGACUCCUCUGCCUAUGUGUUACCAAUUUAAAAGAGAGGGGGUUGAAUAUUAUUUAGCUUAGUGCCGGGGGCUGGUCUAGUGGUAGUGCUGCCGCCCCUAUAUUACAUAUGUCCCUGGAGGCAGCAGUUUGAUCCCCUGUUCCACCACUGACUUUCUCUGCUAUAUCAUCUAUCUCCCUAUAUACAUUGCUAUCCUAAAUAUGUCAAUAACAUUUUUCGUAAUAUCUUUUAAAAAAUUACAUGAAUUUGCUAUCUGAAGCUUCAAACUUUGAAUACUGAUGUUAUGCUCUCCUCUGUUUAUCUCACCCAGGAGGAAGCAGCCAAUAGCCAUAUGUCUAAGUUCAGGAAGGUUCAGCAUGAGCUGGAGGAGGCUGAGGAGCGUGCUGACAUCGCUGAGACUCAGGUCAACAAGCUCAGAGCCAAGACCCGCGACACUGGAAAGGUACAGAACUGCUGCUAA